AUGGCUGCAUUCAUUAAACAAAUGAUGAUUACCAUCCUCGUCCUAUCUGUCUUCUACUUUCAAUCAAGUUCUGCUUUAAUUUGUUGGACAUGUAAUCCCUGUCCAUUGGUUUUUUCUAAUACAUCAUCAUUGGUCAAAGCAGCUAAUUGUUCAAGUGCAAACACCAUUUGUGUGUCAAAUACAGUUUAUACAUUGACCCAAACUGCUCAAAUAACCAAAGGAUGUGUAACCGCUUGCCACGAAGCGUCACAAUCUUUCUUUGGACAAGGUGCUUUUGUCGAUUGCUGUACAACAGAUUAUUGUAAUUCAUCAAUCCGAAAUCAAUUAUCAUUACCAACUUAUUUACUUUUUAUUAUUACAUUUGGUUUCAUCUUCUAUUAUAAUCAACAAUUAUACAUUUAA